CUCGCAUCUUGUUCGUCACAUCCAGCUCCAACAAUGGCCACGGCAGUUCAAUCUUCCACAUCAGGCGACGUGUCAGGCUCGUCCUCCGCUGCCGCCAUCUUCCAGCGCCUCCACCCCGACCAGUACCUUACCCGCUUUCUCGACAAGGGCUACCGGCCAGACGCGCGCCGCAAAGACGUGUGGCGCGAUGUCAGCAUUAAUGUCGGCUCUAUCGCAACCGCAGAUGGCUCUGCGCUCGUCCGCAUGGGCGACACGACGAUGGUGUGCGGCGUCAAGGCCGAGGUGGCUGAGCCUAGCGGGUCACGGCCAGACGAGGGGUUUGUUGUCCCCAACAUCGAUCUCCCCGCCCUGUGCUCGCCCAAGUUUAAGCCUGGGCCACCAGCAGACGAGGCGCAGACAAUGUCAAACUGGUUGAAUGACUUGCUUGUUUCCUCGCAGACCCUUCCGCCAACGUCCCUGGUCAUUGCUCCCGGGAAAGCCGCGUGGUCUGUCUACAUUGACGUGGUGUGCAUCAAUUUUGACGGCAAUGCGUAUGACGCGGCGGUUCUUGCAGUAAUGGCCGCGUUGCGGAAUACCCGCCUGCCCCGCGCGACAUUCAGCGAGGACACGCAGCAGACGACCUGUGACGCGAACGAGACUUUCCCCCUUCCUCUUGGCCGCCUCCCUCUAACGGCCUCGUUUGGCGUAUUCCAGUCGACCCACGUCCUGCCGGACCCAACAGCUUUUGAGCUGCCCCUCCUCUCGACCAACAUCUGUAUUGCUCUGGACGAGCAACUCCGCGCCUGCGCAGUAAGGCAAGAGGGUCUGGGUGGCGUGACGGGCCGCAGCGGAGAUGAUGUGCUCUCCGAGGCGUGGACGGCUGCCGAGGAGCGAGUGCGCGCCCUCCGCAACAUCCUGGAGCAGUCGUGAUGUAGUCUUGUGUUUAUGAGAGAGAGAGUCGGAGAUCCAGCUGCAGUCCGUGGCGGGAGUAUAUUUUCUGGGGUUCCCAACGCGUAUCGUGCCAUAAGGGCCAGGGAUGCAGGGAAAUAGG